AUGUCGGACGCGUCGGCAACGUCAGCCGAUAGCGAUAUCGGGCGGGUAUCGAUUGGUUGUGCUGUGGCCAAUGCAAGAGAUGCGAGUGAGUUUUGUGCGAAUGAGAAGGAAAGUGCGGUUCAAGCAUCAGAUGAUGUUGUUGUUCCUACGCGCGGUAACUCGGGUUGUGUCGCCAGGAAGUUGAUUGCACCGGUUGGUCGUGCCACCGAUGAAGACAUCGCUGACGGGAGCCACUCGAAUGAUGCAACCUACGUAGCGGAAAAGGUGGAAGAAGAUACAAGGGUGCAAAACGCAUCUGCCAGCGAAUGUCAUUUGGUGUCAAGCAGCAGCGCUGGUGGCUUAUUUGGCGGCGAUAUACGAACGUUGCGAGAUCGAAACGACCUACUGCCGUUGACUUAUUCCAGUGUCUUUGAAGGACACUUUGCCGAUUUGGAAGCGAGUUUUGGUAGUGAAAACGGUGAAAUUGCGCUUCUUGGAAGCUCGGAAGAUGCGUUUGAUCCUGUGGAUGAGUUGUUGCCGGCUACUCACGAAGGAAGUGACGAGUGGCCCGAUGACUUUGGUCCAGAUGCUUUACCAGAAGCAAUGACAAAAGGAGCGUUGUCGAGCCGUUGCAAUGCUGGUGUUGGCGCGAGAGGCGAUGAGUCUUUCAAUGGGCGUCCUUGUUAUUCUAUGAACGAGAAGGUGCCGAAUGUAGAUACUGUACAGGCCGAUGUCAUUUCGAUGUUGCAGGUCGGUGGAAUAGUAGGGUAUUGCGAGUACAAGCAGACUCACGUCACUCCAGCGGACAAGUUGUCUCUAGCAGUAUAUGAAGUAAAGGAAGACGACCCCGACCUCGUGUUCCAAGCCCUUGUGGGAGACGAUCCUCUGAGUGAUGACUGGUUUCACGAUGUAUCUCCGAGCCCCUCACAUUUAAAUGCAAAGAAGCUUGAUCGAUGUGCUGGCCCGAGAAGCACAUUCGACUUGAUCAUGAACAAUGCCAGCCCGGAAGAAAUAUUGGCAGCAGAAUUGUCCAACGAAGAGUGCGGGGACUUCGAUUUGGUCGUUUCGUUUCGGUACCCAGUGCCUGAACGGAGAGGACGUACAUUGGGUAGACGGCAUUCCUUAUUUACCUGUGCGCCUACUGCUCGUGCACAUCCCAGUACUGGAAGCAAAAUGCCAGUCGCUCUUGACGAGAACGUCAUUGAAGGACACGAUACGCCAUCAAGCCGACAGCUAGGCCGAGUACAACAGCAAAUUGCUAUGACACCUCAGGACGCGACAUCGGCCGGUACCAGUGUGCUGCCACCUACUGAGUCGUCACUGUCACAGCCACAGCCUAUGAUGCAGACUGUGCAGUCUGCAUCAGCCAUGAGUAGUGCCCAUGCAACCUCCGGUGAAUCGAUUCCGAGAUUGAAAGCACUGGCAUCUUCUGCGUCCAACGUGCUGCCAACAGCGCGGUCUUUUAUUCAGCGACGAAGUUUUUCUGUAUCCACAUCGGGUUCAUCAUCAAGGGCACUUGGCGCAUCGGGUGUGACGACAAACAGCGUCACAAGCGCGUCAAAGCCAGCAGAGCGCAGUAGGUUACCUCUACCGCAGCGGUCUUUUGGGUUUCGACGCCCGGCAUCGGGCUUGACCAAAAGAACAUAG